GACUGCUAACUUCAGCCUGUGGGCCGGGGUGUCGAUUGCCGUGGAACUCCAACUUGUGGAAGGGACGGUAUACGUUCAGCUCACCAAGUAAUAUCGCUUCGAGAUGAAGAAAAAAGUGCGCAAAGCUCUUACGUCUGCCACGCAGGAUAGUCAUUGUGCAAACUUUACUAGGUACUAUUAAUGGGAGCGUCUGGUAGUGGAAAGACCUCCAUGAGGUCCAUGAUAUUCUCCAAUAACCCAGCAUCCCUCACCUCCCGUCUUGGUGCAACAAAUGACGUCGAGCAGAAUCACGUCCGCUUCCUAGGCGAUCUCAUCCUUAACCUUUGGGACUGUGGUGGACAAGAUGCAUUCAUGGAUUCAUACUUGAGUACGCAGCGCUCAAUCAUCUUUUCGCACGUCGGGGUCAUGAUUUAUGUCUUUGACGUCGAGUCUCGCGAAAUGGAGAAGGAUCUGGAGUACUAUCAGGACUGCCUGCAUGGAUUAUCGCAGUUCAGCAAGGAUGCGAACGUGUUUCUCUUGGUGCACAAAAUAGACUUGGUGAGGGAUACCGAGCGGAAUGCCGUCGUGCAACGCAAGGUGGCAGAACUUGUGAAAGCCAGUGGCGAGACAUCGGUAAAGGUGUUUGGGACGAGCAUCUAUGAUGAGAGUCUUUACAAGGCAUGGUCAAAUAUUGUGAACACGUUAAUUCCGAACGCUCGUAACCUCUCAAAACACCUCCGUAUCUUCGCUGAAGCUUGCAGUGCCACUGAGGUGAUACUAUUUGAACGCACCACCUUCCUCGUCAUUGCAACGUCUUCGCGAAACGACUCCUCCGAUGCUUUCCCCUCCGGCCCUGUUGUUUAUCAUGCACUGGAUCCAAAGCGAUAUGAAAGGACUUCAGAACUCAUCAAAGCCUUCAAACAGUCAUGCUCACGGCUCAGGGAGGAAUUUCGCUCUCUUGAAAUGGAACUGGCAGAAUUCACUGCUGUGCUUGAUGAAAUGACCAAAAAUACUUACGUGUUAGUUGUAGUCCAUGACCCAGUUAUCGAGACGGCGGCCAUUAAGAUGAAUAUCUGCAUGGCGCGCAAGAAGUUUGAAGAACUUCAGGGAGACAGCCUUAUCUUAGAAAAGUAAACGUUCACAUUUGCGGAUUAUUAUGAAUCCAUGUAUGAUGUUUCCCUUUCACAUACAGUGUCACAUGCCUAAAGGAAUAAGGUAGUAUAUAAAGAAAUGGGUGGCGCAGAAAUUAGUUUGUUGCUAGCUACUUUGACCUCCCGCCCGCCAUCAAAGGAACUUGAAAGGGUGCAUGAGGGAUAGACGCCGGGAAAUAUCGGGUACCAAUAAUUACAAUCAUAAAUGAUAUCUCAGGCCACCCAAACUAAAAUGCGUUCAGAAUGUGAUUAAAGGGUUCAAGGGGCAACUCACAUGCGAUGGCGAUAACCAAGUAGAGGGUAAGGAGCAUGAGACCUUCCAUAUAAUUCGAUCUCCCGUCC